GCACUCGCGGCCGCUGUUUCCGCGCAGGGCAAAAUGGCGUCGGCGCGGCGCGUGCGCGGUUGAGGAUCCGGGACGCGGGUCCGCGGGCACCAUGGUCUUCCUCACCGCGCAGCUCUGGCUGCGGAACCGCGUCACCGACCGCUACUGGCGCAUCCAGGAGGUGCUGAAGCACGCCAAGCACUUCCGGGGGAGGAAGAAUCGCUGCUACCGGUUGGCGGUCAGAGCCGUGACUCGCGCCUUCGUGAAAUGCACCAGAGCGCGGUUCCUGAAGAAGCGGAUCAUGAGGACCCUCUGGAUUAAUCGAAUAACAGCUGCUACCCAGGAACACGGCCUGAAGUAUCCAGCAUUCACUGGUAGUUUAAUUAAGUGCCAGGUGGAGCUCAACAGGAAAGUCCUAGCGGAUCUGGCCAUCUACGAACCAAAGACGUUUAAAUCUUUGGCUGCCCUGGCCACCAGGAGGCGACAUGAAGGCUUUGCUGCUGCUUUGGGGGAUGGGAAGGAGCCGGAAGGCAUUUUUUCACGAGUGGUGCAGUACCACUGAGGAUUGCUGUAUUCAUCAGGAAAAGAUGGAGUCAUUUGCACUUUCU